GUGACGGUCUCUAUAAGUACUUGGACCACCGUGUCCAACCUCAUGUCAAGUGUGCACAGCAGCAACAGUGGUGAACAGGCGAUUUCUGUUCGUAAUCCUGGUCGAUCUCCCGCGCCGAACCGGUGCGCCACCGUCUUGUGUCCCUCACUGUCGCAGCACAUCGCAAGGCUGAAGAUCACCAUGCCCAACACUUUGGCUCGUGUCGCAGCAAUACUGUUCGCCGCGGGCACGCUGGCCUCGGCCACGACGGUCAUCGUCGGCGACGACCAGGGCUGGACGAUCGGCGUCGACUACAUCGCCUGGGUCAGAGGCAAGACGUUCAAGGUGGGAGACAAACUGGUGUUCAGCUACCCGAGCGCGGAGCACACGGUGACGGAGGUGGGGAAGAACGACUACUUCGCCUGCGCCGGCGGCAGCGCGCUGAGCAACGACCGCAGCGGCUCGACCAACGUCACGCUCACGGGCCCCGGCACGCGCUACUUCAUCUGCAACAUCCCAGGACACUGCACCAUCGGCAUGAGGCUCGCCGUCGCCGUUGCCGGAGACGGCUCGCCCCCGGUCGUCACUUCGGCUGCCACCGGCACGGGCUCCCGGAUCCGGCCAAGGAUGGGCCCUGUCGCCGCUGCGGCCGCGGGAGCUAUGAUCAAGCUCGCGUUGUAAUAGAAUAGAAGUCAGUGCUCGAUCCGUUAAGCUAUCUUCCACAUACAUGGGCUCAUUUCGUUUUCUUUUUCUUUUCUCUCCCUCUUUUCUUUUCCUUUUUGUUUUUCUUUUUUCCUUCUAAUUUCCUAGCUUCCUUUUUCGCCAUAACAUUUGUCUUCGUCAUACUUAGUCUAUACCUAUUAUAUAAGGUACAAGCUGCUCAACUCUGAAGACCGCAAGGAGAGCAUGAUCCGUUAAGCAUGAUCAGGUGAAGCUUGGAACCGAAGGUGACGUCCGUAAGUCACAGAAGAAGCAUGAGUCGUCGGCGAAGGCCCAGGCAGAAGCUCACGAGGGAAGCAUCAUCAAUCAACAAGAUAAAGAAGUAUGAAUUGUAUACUUCUCUUCCUAAUAAAGACCACAUGGUAGAUCAUAUUCCAGGAAUAUUGUAAAAGUAGAGGAUAACAGGAAUGUAAAAAUUCAUCUACUUAGUAUAAAUGCUAAAGGAUUUUUUUUAGAAAUUCAUGUACUGCAAUUUUGUGAAGACAUAAUAAUAGUAUUACAAUUCGGGA